AUGAAAGCCUCUGUCAUCUAUAGCCUGGUCGCACUUCUUGGUGCUUCUCAUGUCAUCGCUGACUGCGUCGAAGGCCACCGCGAGACAAUCACCCCAGACUACAUUGUAGAGCACAAGUGCAACAAGUAUCGCACGGGCACCACUCGCGAGGGGAUCGCCUCCGCCAAAGCCUGCGCUACCCUCUGUCAGGCUGCUGGCGUCGAGGUCUGCUCAUACCACCCUCCCUCCAAGAGAUGCAUCGUCUCCAAGCCCGAUGGAGAAGAUCGCACCAGAUCAGACGUCAUCUACAUGGCCAAGGUUGAGAUCGAUGACCCCUUCGUUGAGCCUGAUCCUUUUGCCGAGACCGAUGCAGAGGCCAAGGAAGCUUGCCUUGCGCGAGAGGCGGCGCUCAAGUCUGAGCUGGCCGAGUGCAAAGCUACCGCCGCUGCAGCAGGCUCGGGAUCUUCACACCCUAGCUGUGCUCAGUGUGGCAUCUUGGGAAAGAAUGAUCCCGGUCAUUUUUCUCGGCGCCUGAAGACCGAUUUGGCCGCUUGCAAGGCCGGAUGCGCUGCCGUUGGAGACGGGACGACAUGCCGUUCUUACGCCCAUGAUGGCGGAAGCCCUGGUACUUGUCUUCUCUACUACAAGCACAUUAGGGAGUUGGAACCCGCUGGUAACUUUAAGGUUGAAGGCGCAUGGCGCUCAUGGGAUAAGGAGUGUUAA